UGCGGGUCUGUGGGUUGAACGUGUUGAGGGCCGUGCAAUGGGAGGAGAGAUGCUCUGUCACAGACUCUGGAGCUACAAUAAUGUUUGGGGAGCUGCAAGUGGUUGUGGUCUGAAUACAGACCAGCACGCGACCAGAGAGGUGCGGACCCUUUUGAGUCCAGCUCGGGACCAGGAGCAUGAUGGGACCCUCGGCGUGAAGGCCCUCGGAAAGCAGGGACAUGGCUCUUUUGCUGGCCGCUUUGCUGUUGCUCUACACGCGGUGUAGAGCGGUGCAGCCCGUGGAACAGGACAUAUGCACACCUGUGCGCGUGGACCCUCUGGAGUUUGCGCAUCUGCGGCGCAUGGACGCCCAGCAGGUGCUUUUGAAGCUGCAUGCUUUUAAUGAGGACUUUUAUCUGGAUGUUGAACCGGACUCCAGUUUUAUGACACCGAAGAGUGGGGCAGACUUUGCUCAUUGCUUUUAUUCCGGGCGCGUAAACACGGACGGAAAUUCGUUUGCGGCACUGAGCCUCUGCGGGGGGUUGCGGGGGAGCUUCUCUACUGGCGGUAUGGAGUAUUUCAUCAGUCGAUCCUCGGCUCCAGGACCUGAGGCAGGACUCGGGACACACAUCAUCCAGCGCCGUGCGCGCGCUACAUUCCCAGGGGAAAACCUCAGCAGGUGUGGGGUUCUGCCGCACGCGCACCUGAACGUGUCCUUAGACAAAUAUAGAUACCUGAGUGACUUGGAGGAGGUCAGUGAGCGUCUGCUGAGGAUAGGGCGGAAUAAGCGGUUCGCCUCAGUCCCGCGGUACGUGGAGGUUCUGGUCGUGGCGGACGAGUCCAUGGUUGCAUUCCACGGGGACGACCUCAAGCAUUACGUCCUCACGCUGAUGUCUGUGGCGGCCCGCUUGUAUAAGCACCCCAGCAUCCUAAACUCUAUUAACCUGGUGGUGGUGGGUUUCACUGUUCUGGGUGACACUGACAAGGGGCCCAAGGUCUCAAGCAACGCGGCACUCACUCUGCGCAACUUCUGCUCCUGGCAGAAGAAGCUCAACAAGCACAACGACAAGCACCCGGAGUACUGGGACACAGCCAUACUCUUUACCAAGCAGGACUUGUGUGGAGCCACUACCUGUGACACUUUGGGAAUGGCUGAUGUUGGGACCAUGUGUGACCCCAAGAGGAGCUGCUCCGUCAUAGAGGACGACGGCCUGCCCUCAGCCUUCACCACUGCACAUGAACUGGGUCACGUGUUUAACAUGCCUCACGACAAUGUGAAAGCGUGUGAGGACGUGUUUGGUAAACUGAAGGACAACCACAUGAUGUCUCCCACCCUGAUUCAGAUCGACAGGACCCGGCCCUGGUCCGUCUGCAGCGCCGCCAUCAUCACCGAGUUCCUGGACAGAGGUCACGGUGACUGUUUGCUGGACCAGCCCCAGAGGCAGCUCUCUCUCCCCGAUAACCUCCCUGGUGCGACCUAUAGCCUCCAUCGUCAGUGUGAGCUGGCGUUUGGGCCUGGGUCCAAGCCGUGCCCCUACAUGCACCCCUGCUCCAAACUGUGGUGCACAGGGAAGGCACGCGGGCAACUGGUGUGCCAAACCAGACACUUCCCCUGGGCAGAUGGCACCAGCUGUGGCACCAGCAAGAUCUGCUACAGAGGAACCUGCACUGAAAAGAACAACACUAUGCACAUCAAGGUGGAUGGACAGUGGGGUAAAUGGGGUCCAUUUGGAGACUGCUCACGAACUUGUGGUGGAGGUGUGCAACUGGCAAAAAGAGAAUGCAACAACCCCGUCCCUGAAAACGGAGGAAAAUACUGCUAUGGUCUGCGGAUCAAGUAUCGCUCCUGCAACCUCCGCUCAUGUCCUGACUCAGGCAAGAGUUUCCGCGAGGAGCAGUGUGAAGCGUUCAACGGCUUAAAUCUGAACACUAACAGACUGGGCUCCGCGGUGGUGUGGGUUCCCAAAUACUCUGGCGUCUCUCCCAAGGACAAAUGUAAGCUCAUCUGCCGCGCAAAUGGGACUGGAUACUUCUACGUCCUGGCUCCAAAGGUGGUGGAUGGAACGCCAUGCUCGCCUGAUACCACAGCGGUGUGCGUACAAGGGAGAUGUAUCAAGGCUGGCUGUGACGGGAGACUGGACUCCAAUAAGAAGUUUGACAAGUGUGGAGUGUGUGGAGGGGACAACCAGGGAUGCAAGAAGGUCUCAGGAAUGUUCACCAAACCCGCUCACGGCUACAACUUUGUGGUGACGCUUCCUGUGGGAGCUGCCAACAUUGAUGUACGUCAGCGUGGAUACCGAGGCCUGGUCAGUGAUGAGAAUUAUCUGGCAGUGAAGAACCGCCAGGGCCAGUAUCUGCUCAAUGGGAACUAUGUAGUGUCAGCUGUGGAGAGGGACCUCCUGGUGAAGGGCAGUCUGCUGCGCUACAGCGGCACCUCCACCUCAGUGGAGAUGCUUCAGGCCAUCAGACCUCUGCAGGAGCCCAUUACUGUGGAGGUGCUCUCUGUGGGCAAAAUGACCCCACCCCGAGUCAGGUACUCCUAUUACAUCUCCAAGGAGACCAAGGAGGACAAGAGUCUGCGCAAAGAAGAAAAGAGUCACACGUCACACAACAGUGUCCUAGACCACAACAAAGUGGAGGCAAAGAAACAUGUCCUGGAUAAAACUCCCAUGAGCCACUGGGUGUCAGGGAGCUGGGAGAAGUGUUCGGUGUCAUGUGGGACGGGUUUGCAGAGGCGCGUGGUACAGUGUCAGAGCAUAGACGGUCGCCCUGCAGCAGACUGUCACAGCGCAGAGCGCCCCCUAUCUGUGAGGGCCUGUGGGGACCCCUGUCCUGUGUGGGACAUGGGGGCGUGGUCUGCCUGUUCUAAGACCUGUGGCAGGGGGUUUAAGAGGCGCUCUAUCCGCUGCAUCACCCAGACCGGUCUGGACUUACCCAGAGAGCACUGCACUGGUCGGAGGAAGCCUCAGGAACUGGACCUGUGUAACAUGAAGCCUUGUUAGACUAAACAUAUCAUAAAUGAUCAUAUGAGCAGGAUAUUACAGCCAGAUGUGAUAUCCACCUUCUGCUGCCCAGAUGCACUGAGGCUUAGAGAGAAACAGAGUGGAGCAUCAUGGGAGCUUUGCCUCCAAACUGUCAAACCAGGUUUGACUCAUGGUCAGUCUACCUCUGUCUGCACAGACAAUACAACAUAUGUGAGAUAGACAGAACUAAAAUGCCCCACAGCAGAGAGUCUGAUCCAGACCUGUGAGUGUCUCAUUUCAGUGAAAUGUGAAACACUGAACUGUAUCUACAGAAAGAGCUGACACAAACAUUUAUUUAGAUCUGAAAAAGAAGUAUAAACCAAUAGACGUCAUUCACAGCUAUGUAAUAUUAAUCCAUAUCUUAACCCCUCCUAAGAGGGAAGAACUUUACUAAAUAGUUUUAAUACUGGCUCACAUUACCCUCCACUGUAACACAAAAUGUCCUGUUACCUUAGAGCUGCAUGCAUGCUGCACAUUCACUGUAGGCUUGAACACUUCAAAGCAAUGUUUUAUGUAAUAAUUAUAUGUUUAAUUAACAUUAAUUAUUAAAACACAAAACGAACAUUUAAUUAGUGCCCACGUGCCAUCUCAAUUUCAGGGCCAGGCUGCUUCAGUCACCUCCUCACCAGCUGCUCUAGACUGUAAGACACAUUAGCAGCAUAAUAAUACUGUAUACAUUACAUCAACAUUUCCUUGUGCACAUCAUCAAGAACAACAGUUCAAUAUAUUUGUUCAUAUGCUGCAAACUCAUUGUUUUGGUUUAGAGGGACCAUACAUACAUAU